AUGAUGGCAACAAAAAAGAUUUGUUCUUUAAUUCCUUUGCGCCGAUAUUUCCUCCAGUUUUCUUUACUUCAUUCUGUCUCUUCAUCCAGGCAGCUCCAGGAAUCGUUAAGAGAAGCAAUUAAAGUCGAAGCUUACGAACAAAUACCUGACAUUCUCAGUGCAGCGAAAGAUUCUUGCAGAAAUCCAAAUCCGUUUUCGUUCCUAUCGAAAUUUCCUGAAAACCAUAGAGCCCAUAUCAUUGAUGAAAUUUUACAGUCUUUCAUUUGCACAAGGCCACGUUCGCGGCCUCGGAUUGCCUAUUCCUGUCUACUUUCUUAUACUCUGGAGAGCCCAAAUCCGCUUCCACUUGCUCUGGCAAUUAUCCAACGUACACUUCGUUCUGGCUGUCUUCCUGUCCCGCAAACUUAUCUGUUUCUUUCAAAUGCAUGGCUUGCAAGGCGAAAACGAGCUGAAUCUGUUUCGAGCAUACUGCUCGAGAUGCAGUCAAUUGGGUAUUCUCCGGAUUGUGGGACUUGUAAUUAUCUUAUCUUGUCCCUGUGUAAGGUCGAUCAGUUGAAUGAGGCAAUUAAUGUCUUGAAGGGCAUGGGCCGGGCGGGUUGCUUUCCCGAUUUGGAUAGUUAUGGAACUAUAAUUGGUGAAUUGAGCGAGCAUAGAAUGAUAAAUGAGGUUGUAGAACUACUAAAGGAUAUGGUAAUACUGGGGUUGCUUCCGAGGCAGCAAAUAGUGGUGAAAGCAUUGGCCGCAAUGCGUGCCAACAGAGAUAUAUGGAGAGCUGUUCAGAUGAUCGAGUUUUUAGAAAGCAAAGAUGUGUAUAUGGGGUUUGAGGACUAUGAGUCGGUGCUUGAGGGUUGCUUAGAAUGCCGUCAGUUUGUUUUGGCCGGAAAAUUUGCUAUUCGAAUGACUGAGAAGGGGUUGAUACCAUACAUUAGAUUGAGGCAAAAGCUUGUAGAGGGAUUGGUUAGUGUUGGUGAAUCAGAGCUCGCCUCUGUUGUGAGGCAGAGAUUUGUACAAUUGAAAUCUUAG